AUGGCCACCCUCUUCACGCAGGCUGACGUGUCUACUCCAUCAGUAGGCGUCGAGCAUCAGGCGAGCAUCGAUGGCGAUCCCAUGUCGAUGAGUGUGACCAUCAGACAGGACCCUCUAUCUGUCACACUAGACGGCCCUGCCAUAUUCGGCCUUUCUCUCUCCCUAAUACUGGUUAUACACCUCCUGCAACCUAGGGUUGCCGUCUUACUCAUCUCCUUGGCCACCGCGGCCUUGUUCAUCCACAACGACUUCCGCAACUACCUCAAACUCGGUCCGGGAGGCACCCCGCCAACCUUUACCGGUUACCUCAAAAUCAACUGGCUCAAGCUCUGGGCGCUACGGAAUCCCUUCGAUCCUCUUCCAGCCGACCCAGAUGUUCAACCAUCAGCCGGCGUCCUUCACAGGAAGCCCCUCCCCUACCGCUGCGGCGCACGCCCAACAGUCGUCGGCAUAGCACCGCAACGCCAGGUCGACCAGCUCGGGUCCCCGGAAUGUUACCUGGCCCUCCGCCGCAUUCUCGAGAAGCACGGCGAGACGAACCACGACGAGAUCGGCCUGGGCACUUCCUGCUUCGAGAAGCACGGUCUGGGUAUAUUCGCCCGCUAUCCUUUCAACAACACGUGCCAGGGCGAGAUCUGCCACGUCCACGGCUCGGACCACUCCAUGCAAGUAAUUGCUGACUCUAAUUUGCUUGACGACCUGAGCCUACACCCGGACGACGUGAAGGAAGUGCUCGAGAAGGGCUGGGGACAGCGUCACCCCCUGACGAGCCAGGGCCUGCUGAAAAUGCCCGUACCGAAGCAGUUCACCAUGGUCUACGCACCGCGGACGAUGGAUGAGCUCAGGGUCGUCUGUCAGAUCAUCGAGGCGGCUGGGUACUGGGUGAUCGGAAAGGAGAUGCGGCUGGAUCUGGAGGGCGAGCUAUAG